AUGCGCCUCUUCUUGAUACGCCAUGGCGAGACGGUUGACAACGUAGCGGGUAUACUUGCUGGAAGAAGAGAUUCAGCCCUUACCAAUCAUGGAGCCGAGCAGGCGCGUCGCUUGAGCGACUAUCUUGCAGAGAAUAGAACUUCUCUGACGCGCAUCUUCUCCUCGACGUUGCAGCGUGCGUACAAGACUGCCAGCAUUGUGGCCGCGAAACAGACCACCACGGACUUGACUGUCAGCACUGUCCCGUACCUGAUUGAGCGCGACUUUGGCUAUUACGAGGGCAAAACGAAUCGUGUGCGAAAGGGUCCCGACGCCGAGGAACACAAGAAAGAGCCUGGCUUUGUCGAUGUUGAGUCGAAGGAUGAGCUCGCGGUCCGCGCAGAUCUAUUCCUGGAUCUUCACCUCCUGCCCUUGUUGGAUGAUGAGGCCGAGUUCGGUGGAGCUGCAGAACAUGUGGUGGCUGUUGUGUCUCAUGGCAUCUUGCUGUCGAGCCUAUGGCGAAGGCUGUUGCUCCGUCUGGGUCCGGGAAGCGUCACAGUGGCUCGGGACGUGGUAUCGAAUCGAGGUCCAGUCGUUCUUGCACACCUGGGCGGAUGGAGCAACACCGGCUUCCUUGAGCUUUCCAUACAAAGUGUAGACCCUGAGCUCGGCUCGGAACUAUCACCAGCCGACGCAGGUUCAUCCCCACCUGAAUCAGACGCGACUGUAAAUGUGUCGACGCUGGAUAGCCCGGGCAAUUCUCCUGGCGAGGUCGUACCGCCGCAGCUCUUGACAGAGUCCUCUGGAAUUGAGAUGCCGACAGAUCAGUCGGACGUCGUCGGUGAUGUAAGUGUCACAAAGAAUGCUAUCAACGCAGAGCCCAGUGAGAAAGAAGGCCUCCGAUUACUCGAAGGCUAUCGCACCACUAUCCUCAUUGUCGAUGGUCAACAGCACCUCCAAGGUCUGAAACGACAACGAGGUGGCAUUGGUCGAGCAGAACAUGAUGACAAGCAGCAAAGUAUGACCUCUUUUUUCAAGAAAGCACGAAAGGAUUGA